ACUGUCUGACACAAGCCUACUUUCACUGGCUAGGCAUUUGGAUUUCUGAAGUUUCAUGCACUAUAGUUUGGCCUUACGUGAAACUUUUCGAAAUGAGCCUAAACAAUUUUGUUCCCAAUGUAAGCUUGAUGCUGAAAUGAGGUACAUCCGAGACACCUUGUGGGAUAAUGGCUAUUAUGAUCGGAACUUGUGAAUAGGCCUAAGCUGUAGUUUUUGGUGCUGAAAGGUGCCCCGGCUAUCUCCUGUAAAGGAUUGCUGCAUUUGACAGAGCUUGUGCCAUUUUGUAAUCCAGCUUCAGGUCGAUGAAUUGAAGACAGCUGAUUUUACAUUAAUAUAUAAAGCUGGGGGUGAGAAGUUACGUUUUCUGCACCAGAGUUUGAAGAAUUAAUUGUUCCUGAAGUGGGAAGAGAUGCCAGCCUAAUGUAGAAAACCAAGAGUAUUCGCAUUAUCUUCAGCCUCAGCAGGAUCUCUCAUUUUUGUUGUAAACAAACAGAUAUUGUGUGGCAGGGAUUUGCAGUGAGACCAGGUGAAUCAUGAGCUCUCCAGAUAACGCAGAUGGUGUAUCUGGACAAGAGCAGCCCCUAGAAUUGUUGCCACAAAGUCGGGUGCACACUAUGCCAACAUCAGCUGUUGAAGUUAAAUCUUCCCUGCCUGUGACUAUGCAGACUGCUACUCCAGUUGACCUGCGGACAGACCCCAGAAUCCCAAUCCCAACUGUGGACCCCCUUCUACGUGAGCAGCAGCUACAACAUGAACUGCUGAUGCUGAAGCAGCAGCAACAGAUCCAGAAACAACUAUUAUUUGCUGAGUUCCAGAAACAGCAUGAACACCUGACAAGGCAGCAUGAGGUUCAGAUUCAGGAACACCUAAAGCAACAACAGGAGAUCCUAGCAGUGAAGCGUCAGCAAGAAUUGGAACAACAACGCAAACUUGAACAGCAACGACAUGAAGAGUUGGAAAAACAGAGACUGGAACAACAAUUGCUUAUGCUUCGAAACAAAGAGAAAGGCAAGGAAAGUGCAAUAGCUAGUACAGAAGUCAAAUUAAAACUUCAGGAGUUCCUGCUAAGUAAAACUGCUUCGAAGGAUUCUGUGACCAGUGGAUUAAAUCAUUCCCUCCCUCAGCAUCCCAAAAGCUGGGGAGCCCACCAUGCAUCACUGGAACAGAGCUCCCCACCCCAGAGUACAACUCCUCCCACCUACAAAGUCCCACUGCUGGGAUCAUAUGAUGGAAAAGAUGAUUUUCCACUCCGAAAAACUGCUUCUGAACCCAAUUUGAAGGUACGUUCCAGAUUAAAACAGAAGGUGGCUGAGAGGAGAAGCAGCCCAUUAUUGAGGAGAAAAGAUGGCACAAUAAUUAGCACAUUCAAGAAGAGAGCUAUAGAAAUCACAGUUUCCUCAGUUUGUAACAGUGCACCUGGGUCUGGCCCUAGUUCUCCGAACAGUUCAAACAAUAUUCCUGCUGAGAACGGAACAACUGGCUCUGUACCCAAUAUUCAUUCUGAGCAUAUGCAUCCACAUCACAAAGCAGUGAACGCUGAUGGAUCAGUAAGUCAGCUGAGUCUCUAUACAUCUCCUUCACUACCCAACAUUUCCCUUGGGCUCCCAGCUACAGUCACAGUAUCCAAUGCACAGAUCAAUGCAUCACAAAAGAUGUCAGCCCAACAAGAAGCAGAAAGGCAAGCUAUUCAGUCUUUGCGUCAGGGUGGUGCCUUAACAGGGAAGUUCGUGAGUACCACCUCGCUACCAUCAGGUUUGCCCACAACGGCAGUUGAAGGAGAAACCAACACUCACAGCCACCCCUCGCUUCUUCAACAUGUGCUGCUUCUAGAGCAAGCUCGUCAGCAAAAUGCUUUGAUAGCUGUGCCUCUCCAUGCACAAUCACCUUUGGUGACAGGUGAGAGAGUUUCCACCAAUCUCCGAACAGUAAACAAGUUGCCUCGGCACCGCCCGCUAAGUCGUACCCAAUCUGCUCCUCUACCCCAGAGUCCCCAGGCUUUGCAGCAGCUAGUGAUGCAGCAACAACACCAACAGUUCUUGGAGAAACAGAAACAGUACCAACAACAAAUCCAACUUAAGAUGCUUUCCAAGUCAAGUGAAUCACCUCGGCAACCUCCAAUUCACCCUGAGGAGACUGAAGAAGAGUUGUGUGAGCAACAGGACAUGCAGGAAGAUCAGGCACCUGCAAGUAGCAGCAGCAUCAAUUCUGGAGGAAGUGAAGCAACAAAUGACAUUCUUGAACAGGAUGCAAUGCAGGUGAAGGAUGAACCACCAGAUAGUGAAGAGGAAGAUCAGCUGGAAGAUCAGAAAGAAGGAGAAGAACAACUUCCGCAUUUUAAUCAGCAGCAAUUCUUGGACCAGCAACGCAUGCAACAGCUUCAUGUGUAUCAGGCUUCUGUAGCUAUGGGAAGUAUGUCUGUGACAGACAGGCAUCAACCACUCUGCAGAGCCCAGUCCUCCCCAGCAACUGCAAACUUAAAAAAUCCUGGCACUGAGAAACCUAUCAAGCACCUUUUCACUACUGGUUUAGUCUAUGACACUUUCAUGUUGAAGCACCAGUGCACUUGUGGGAACACUAACAACCAUCCAGAACAUGCAGGGCGAAUACAGAGUGUCUGGUCCAGGCUUCAGGAAACAGGGUUACUUAACAAGUGUGAGCGAAUCCGGGGUAGAAAAGCGACUUUGGAUGAAAUUCAAACAGUGCAUUCAGAACACCACACAUUGUUAUAUGGCACCAGCCCUCUGAACAGACAGAAGCUGGACAGUAAGAAGUUGCUAGGGCCUAUUACACAGAAGAUGUAUGCACUGCUACCCUGUGGUGGACUUGGGGUGGAUAGCGACACUGUCUGGAAUGAAAUGCAUUCAUCUAGUGCUGUCCGCAUGGCUGUUGGCUGCGUUGUUGAACUCUCAUUCAAGGUGGCCUCAGGGGAGCUCAAGAAUGGUUUUGCUGUUGUCAGACCGCCAGGACAUCAUGCAGAAGAAUCCACUGCAAUGGGAUUUUGCUUUUUCAAUUCCGUUGCAAUUUCUGCAAAACUACUUAAGCAAAAACUUAACGUUGGAAAAAUCUUAAUUGUGGAUUGGGAUAUUCACCAUGGAAAUGGUACACAGCAGGCUUUCUAUAGUGACCCUAACGUGUUGUACAUUUCUCUUCAUCGGUAUGAUGAUGGAAAUUUCUUUCCUGGCAGUGGUGCCCCAGAUGAAGUUGGAACAGGACCUGGAGUUGGAUUUAAUGUCAAUAUUGCUUGGACAGGUGGUGUGGAUCCCUCUAAUGGAGAUGUGGAGUACUUGACAGCUUUCAGGACGGUAGUGAUGCCCAUUGCCAAUGAAUUUUCUCCUGACGUUGUGCUGGUAUCUGCUGGCUUUGAUGCUGUGGAAGGCCAUCCCUCACCACUCGGUGGAUACUCUGCGACAGCUAAGUGUUUUGGCUACCUGACCAAACAGCUGAUGAAGCUGGCUGCAGGACGUGUGGUUCUUGCUUUGGAAGGAGGACAUGAUCUCACUGCCAUCUGUGAUGCAUCCGAGUCCUGUGUUUCAGCCCUGCUGGGUAAUGAGCUUGAUCCUCUUCCACAAGAAAUACUUCAACAAAAACCCAACACAAAUGCUGUUGCAUCACUAGAAAAAGUUAUAGAAAUUCAGAGUAAACACUGGAGUUCGGUGAAGCGCUAUACUUCUACUGUAGGCUACUCGCUGCUAGAAGCCCAAAAGCAUGAAAAAGAAGAAGCAGAAACUGUUACAGCAUUAGCCUCUCUGUCAGUAGACACUGCACAAAGCAAUUCUGAACCAGAGGCCAGGCAGGGAGAUGAACCAAUGGAAGAAGAGCCAGCAAUGUAAAGUGCCAAUGGUCAUAUUACUGUCACCUGUGUGAAUCUUUCUUGUAACCUCCUUUAAAGUCUAUCAGACAUACAGUGUCCAUUGUCUGCCUCUGACAGUGUUAUUGUAUUGAACUUGAACUGUUGUGAAAAACAUCUAGUCUUCAAGCUAGAUUCACGAGCCAAUCUGUCUGUAUUUGAAGACCUGAAAUUGGAAGAGUUUAAAGGGACACCGCAGCUUUGUAUUUCUUCAAAGUUCAUCUGUUCUCCCUUAAGGGAGAAUAAUGUUUUAAAGGUUACAAAACACUUGAGGCUUUGAUUUCAGAUCUCUAGCCUAAGUGCAGUGGUAAGAUGUGAACGUUUGAAAUGGUUAUAAGAGUUGAUAAGUCUGCUUCCAAGAGGAUGUUGAAAAGCAGGAAAGAAAAAAUGAUGGAGAGGAAGCAGCAUAAUAAUUUUGUCAUGAGAAUUGAAAGGAAAUUUGUGCCUUUUUCAAAAAAAAGUAGUUGAAACUCACAACUUCAUUUUUAAAUGCCUUAAUUUACAUCAGUGAAAUACUGCUGUUGGUUUUUGGAACAUAGUCAAAGAUGACAUGAUCACCCGAUUUAAAAAUCUUCAGCUACUUUUAAUCACAUUGAUGAACAAUACCCCUCUCUGUAUAAACUUUAGGUUUGAUUUAUUUAUUUCUUUUUUGUAAUAUUUCUUAAACUUUAUUUGUGAAUUUAGCUGAUGACCAAUUGUUAUCUUGAUUUUUGUUUUUUGUUUAGUUGUGUAAAUAGUCUUGUAAUAUUGUUAUGUAUAUCUUUUGAGGUUCUCUGGUUGCUAUUUGAAGUAGCCUAAUUUGGUUCCCUUGUUCUUUGUUACCUUGAAAGCUUUAAAUUUAAAAAGAGAGGUUAACUCGAUAUAAUUUUCAUACAAUUUUAUUGUUUAUGUAUUCUGAAAAUGUUUAUUUUGUGUUUUUUUUAAAAGUAUCUCCUUAAUACGUGUUUAAGGAGAUUUCAGUUUCUGCUGGGUAAGGUGGUCUGCUGUUUGCUUUUGUAUUGUGGUUCAACUGGAAAGGAGAACCAGAGAUUUUUGGACUGUAGGUCUAACUUUGGAAUAUUUUCAGCUGAAUUUCUAAGAUGUUCUGUUAACUAUUUCUUUUCAUGAAUAGUAGCGUUUAAUUUGAGCAUCUAAUAAUUGGUAGAAUUCAAUUCAUGUAUUUUAAUCAAGAAGGUCGUUAAUGAUGUAUGUUUUAUCUUAAUGCCUUUCCAAAACUAGAAAGCAAACUAAUUAAGUUAAUAGGCUUUUAAUAAUGCAGGUACAGCGGUUGUUAAAUUGUGGCAUUAAGUGCCCUGAUUGGAAGCAAAAUGAUAACCCUGAUAAUCUUUGUUUGAUUGAACAGAUAUGCUAUGCAGUAUAACUUGCACAGAUUCGUUUUUUUCUUGAAUGCUCACAGAGGAUUGCUCAGUAAGCAAAUGAUUGGAGUAGUCGGACACUAGAUGAUGUUGUGGGAGGUGCGGGAUUUCACCACUUCAUUACACAAUAAAUUUUAAAAAUUGUUUAUUUAGUGUUUUAAGGGUCAAAACGUUUUAUUACCUUGGCAGAUAAGCAAGACCUGGUUAAAUAGUUGACUAAGAAACCAAGUUGCGGGCCCUAGUAAAAGAAUGAAGAAGUUUCACAAAUUAGUUUGUGCAAAAACGUACAUAUUUAAUCAUGUAAAGGUUAUAGAGAAGUAGGUUUUCUAGGUUCACCAGUAGAAAAAAUGUUGUGUUACAAAAUAAGAAAUAGAUGAGAGACUUCAUGACUGAAUGAAUGUUUGUGGACUUUGUCCUGCUGUUAAACCAAUAUUCACGUAAACAGAAAAUAACAUCAAAGAGACCUUGAAUGACAGACUUGGACCUGUGUUGUACACGGUUGGUGUUGUAAACAGUAGACAGACACUAUAAGAUUGAUUCAGUGAAUCUGUAAAUGUUUGAAGUGAAGGGCUGGGCCUCUCAAUACAGGUUAACUGAAGAUUUGCUGCCGUACUUGGGUUGGCCUUAGAAGGUAAUACAAGUGCAGUCCAUGCAUUUCACAACAGUGAAUGAAGCUUUACUUGCCAUCUGCAACAUUGGCGUGAAUUUUGUAAAAUGGUGUUUUUUUCACGCAAGCAGCUUGGUAUUGAUGUAUUUUAGUAAACAAAAUAUAUUUUACAUUUCUGGCUUAAAGACAUACAAUAUAAAUAUUGUAUAUAUAGAAUAUAUUGUUUAAAUUCAUAGAUUUGCUGCUGUUUGGGUGGAUAAAUACUAUAACUUUUUCAAUAAUGACUUUGGGUGGAUAUAGUAAUGUUAAAGUCUUGGCUGGAAUGCAAUUGAAGAUUCCAGUUGUAACAGUUGUGCAUACAUUCCUUUUAGUUUUAGUUGAAUCCUGUUUUCAUUCCUUUAUUUAUGAAGUGAUGGAAAGUUUUAACAAGAAGUUGCUUGAUUUUUGGGUCCACUGGAUGGGCUUUUCUGACCAUGAGAAUGCUGCAGCAUUAAUGUAUUAGCUUUCAAGAUGAAAGUAACAAUUUCAUUACUAAAGUUAGUGAGAUUUGAAAUAAAAUAUGGAUUUCAUGGUGACCUUAUAAAUGUAUACGAUUAGGGUGAAGAUGGGAGUUUGUUUAAAUUAUUUGUUCAAAUCUUAAUGUUUGUACAAAAAAUUGUGCUGUUACAUUGUUUUAAAUACAGUUUAAGAUGAAUCUAGCAUGACUGCUCAGCUGUAAGAUGGAGAAAGUAAUGUGUUUUAAACAGUGAAACUGGGUUUCCUGUACAAAUAUUGAUUUUUCCAAUGUGUGCCUAGUGUCUGGAAAAUGCUUCUUCCAGGGCCAAUCCUGUAGAUUUUAGUGAUAGAUGGACUUGCUUCAUAAUAUUUUUGGUUCCAUCAAGCACCUUCAACAGAAAAAUCAAAUCAAAUAUAAAAAAAGGAAAACUGAAAAUGCCAUUCAAAUUAGUUACCUGGUUCAUAUUAAACAUUCAAACUGGGAGACUAACAGUCGUUAUUUCCCUUUAGGAUUCUCUGCAAGUGCAAACUUUGCUUCGCCAAAACUCCUUAUGCUAGAUUAUCCAAUGGGGUAUACAAAGCUUGGUGUUUAAAUUUAUAAUUAUAAUAGACAUCUCUGUUGGAGGAAUAAAGAAGCAAGUUUUAAUGACAGCUUGCAUUACACUGUAUCACAGAAGAGUGCAGAUAUGCCGUGUGUUAUUAAAUUGUACUGUGUUGCUGUAAUCUUUUCACCAAUACAGUCUUGGUAACCAUAAUUGACUAUGGAACAAUUAUUUUCUUGUUUAUUUUAUUCUGCCUUCAUAUAUACUUGUUCCUAUGAGGUAAAAAGCCUUUAUCUAGAAUCUACUGGAGGAUGGAUGUAUCAAUGUGGUGAAACAGUCUGUCUAUAACCAUUUCCUUGCUGUGUCGGCAACAAUCUAUUUGAAUUUAUUUUCAAAUGUAUAACUGCAACAAUUGUUAAAUUUACAUUUAAGCCACAUUUUUAUUGUUUUUGUAUCCAUUGACACCACCCAGUGUCACUAAUAGAAUUGUCAAUAAGUUUAAUGUCUGUAUUUAGGUGAAGUGCUAAGUGUAUGUAUAGUGAUUUAUUAACAGUAUUGUAUCGUAGGAGUUGUUUAUAAUUUUUGUCACAUUCAAAUUAAUGUAAAUCUCAGAUUUCCUUCUCCCUCUGUCACUCCAUCUUCCCUUCCUGUAUUGUUUGGAGUCCAGUAUUUUGUAUCAUGUUAUAACAUUUGUGUUUGUGUAAAUAAAUUUAUUUGUUUCUGGCAAAA